CUCGUUUUACCAUUAUUAGCACGCAUUUUAGCACAUUACAAAGGUACUUGGUGCUGACAGGGCCAUUACCAUAGCCCCUCGACACACUCAUCAACGUCUGCGAGAGGUCCUACUAGCCUGCAAUGUACUUCCGAAAGAAGCUGAGGUGAGGUGGGAUGCUUGUGAGGUACUCCGAAGAAGAGGAAAGUUCCAACACCCUACCAAAAGGCCCUGUCAGGUUCUGGGCCCAAUUGGAUCGAACUAUGUUGACAGACCAUUUUUGCGAACCACUCAUGAGUGCAUGGUGCCUGACAUGGAUCGUCUGCCAGCAAAAGAUGCCACGCUCAAGGCACGGCCACAUUACUGUGGUGAGAGCCAGUGGCGAGGCUUGCCAUCACAGCGGUGUCUGCCCAAGCCUCGUUGGCAACCCAUCAAUGGCAGGCUUUUGUCCCAUACAUAACGCCACGGACGUCCUUUCUUGUUGGGAAGAAUGAUUUUAUAACUGCUGCAUGACUCAGCUUGUCCUUUACUCAUGGAGAGAUGAUGAAAGAGAGGGCCCGACAGUCACGCCAGAUGUUUUGUCCAACCAAUCCAGACGUUUCUACACACCUUUUUUGCUCUCUCGACGAUUGCCUUGUUGUCCGGUUCCACAACCAGAGUAACUGUCUACUACUGUGUGGUUGCCCGUCUGGAUAUGCCACUAAUCUCAUGAUGGCAUGACGGACGCGAACUUGGAACUUUUGUGCGACGUUCUAAGACUGGUCAAUGGCUGGGUUGAUCAUUCCUUACGAGCAUGCCAUGAUUGGGGGCCCAACCAUCAACCUCCCCCGUGCCCGGAAGUCGCCAUCCUCGUUCAGCCCUUCUCGCUUAACACAUGUUCCACGGCGGGACGCCCGCUUGCCAAUCAGGCCUGCACUCAUGUCAGCCUUGGAUUCUACAAAUUGCGCCCGGGCGCUGGGCACCUUGAAAGGGAAGCUUCGUCUCAGCUUCGGUUCAACACGGAUGAAUUGCCAAUUGCAGCAGUCCGACUCGGCAUGAUAAGCAAAGUCGACACCCACCAUCAAAAGCCACUUCAAGAGUGAGGGGUUCGCGGGGUAAACUGGUCUGCGGCCCAAACGAAAUAGCUACUCACGCCAGUCAAUUGGGCUACCCGUGUCGAUUUAGGAGGACGAUCCCGAAAUUCGAUAAGCUCUAGUACGAGCAAGAAGAGGGUUUCAAUUCGAGAGACAAGCACCAACGCCAUCCGCAAUCAGUCAGCUGAAACAAUCUAGCGAAACAUCCAUUGUUUACUAUGUCGGGGGGCAUUUGCGAUAUCGGCGAGAUCACUCAAGCUUGCCAUAAGUUGCGGAGAGAAGGUCGAAUUGACCUGCUCGUGCUUAGAAAUAUAUGACGACGAUUUCGGCACUAUCAUUUCUCCUCACCAAGGACCAAGCUGGCACAUAAGCGUCCAGAUAUUUGUCGAGAUGUAACUGCCCUGCAUGCAUAUUUGGAGAUCGUUUAUGCUGCAGCGUUGAGUCGCACGGAAACAGCCCGCGAGAAGCCCUGCCGUCCCCAUAUCACAGAAGGCUAUAUUACCAUUGACAUAUUCACAAUUGCUCCGAAUUUAACGCGAGCUCAGCUCACAUAAAACGUUCCAUGUCUCUACGUUCUCGAGCUACAUUGACAAAGAUAACUACCACAGCGACAGCAUCCACUCGUCUCGGCAGUCUCACCUCACAGCUAUCCCUCCGCCAGAGUCCCUCCCCGCGCUUCAGUCCGAAUUCCACUGCAACUCGCACCAUGUCAUCCCUCCCAUCUACAAUGAAGGCGGUCUCGUUUUCCAAGACUGGCGGCCCUGAUGUCCUGGAAUACACCGAGUCUCAACCUCUGCCCAAACUCGAGGACGGCCAAAUUCUGGUGAAAAACAACUUUGCUGGCGUCAACUUCAUUGAUACCUACUUCCGCACUGGCCUGUACCCCGCAUCCUAUCCCCUGAUCCCCGGUCAAGAGGCCGCUGGCACAGUCGCAAAGAUUCAAGGAAACAACCCACUGGGAUUCAAAGAGGGAGAUCGCGUGGUGUGGAUAAAGCAAGGAGGUUAUGCCGAGUACACGGCCGUGCCCGCAGAUCGAGCAAUUAAAAUCCCUCCAGGUGUGUCGGACGAAGACGCGGUUGGGGGUUUCCUCAUGGGGAUGACUGCUCUCUCGCUGGUCAAAGAGGCAUACCCAGUGAAGAAAGGCGAAACGAUCUUGGUCCACGCUGCCGCAGGAGGGAUGGGGCUGCUCCUCUGCCAGAUCCUGAGUGACAUGGGAUGUACAGUGAUCGGCACCGCUGGCGGCCCUGAGAAGUGCGCUCUUGCUAAGGAAAACGGUGCAACGCAUGUGAUCGACUACAAGGCCACAAGCGGGCCAACUUGGGUCGAACAGGUGUUGAAAUUAACGAAUGGCGAGGGCGUGGACUGCACGUUUGACGGGGUGGGCAAGGAUACCUAUGAAGGCAGUAUGGAGGUCGCAAAGAGAAAAAGCAAAGUUGUAUACUUUGGUAACGCAUCUGGUGCCAUUCCUCCGAUCAACAUCGCGCGCCUGACGGCCAAGAACCUCUCCAUCAUGCGCUCCACUCUAAUGAACUACAUCGUCACACGCCCGGAACUUGAGUUCUAUGCAAAUGGUGUGCUGGACCUGAUCAAGGCAGGGAAGCUGAAAAUUAAAAUCCACAAGGUGUACCCGCUCAGCGACGCAAAGCAGGCACACAUAGACUUGGAGGGACGGAAGACUACGGGGAAGUUAUUGUUGAAGUGCUAAACGGUGUGUUUGAUAGGGAGCGAUAUGGUUCGACACCUUAACUGUUAUCCAAGGGAAGACCAGCGAGGAUGGAAGGGGGUGAAAGGGAUGAAGAAAGCAGCCGUCCCUCAAAUCUCUCAGGUGUGGACGAGGCUGUCCUCGUUUGUAUUGGAUCUUCCUUACUAUGAUCAAUGAUCACAAAAGCUCCUCUGACGGAUAUUCUGGCACUCUUUUUUAGUCCCCUGAAAACUGUAGUCCAACCCAGCUCUUACUAG